UACCCUUAUUAAAAAGACGGGGAGAUACGUUCACUGCAAAUCACUUUUAAAUCAUUAACGAUAUCGGUCUCAUUUGGUUUCUUCUAUGAUUUUUAUAAUGCCUGUCCAAUAAGCAUUUUUGUAAUACACGUGAAUGGCAUCAGUUUUAAAAUGGGAAGAAAUCGUUCGGAGUAUGUUUUCAGAUUUAUGUGGCCAAAUACGUGACCUGUCAGCAUUACUGAUUUUUAUGAAAGGUGUUUCUCUGAACCGUACUGACAAGCACUGGAUGUCUCUUGGUUGCUAUGGUAGCAGUUUCCUUGGAAACAGGUACACAACCAAGAUGGCAGAUUACCUGAGCUGGAGCUGCGAGGAAGUGGCGAAAUGGAUAGAAUCCCUAGGCUAUCCCCAGUAUAUGGCCUGCUUUACAGAAAACCGCAUCAAUGGUAGACAAUUGAUCUUAAUAAAUUGUUCUACACUUCCUAGAUUAGGAAUCAUAGAUUUUGAGGACAUGAAGGCGAUUUCACAUCGCAUUCAAGAGCUGUUAGAGACCGAGGAGCCCCGAUGGAACAGGAGCAUUGCGCUCCCCCGCAGGGACACAAGGGGGUUAUUUUUAGAGAAGAAGAGUCGAACAGGAGAAUGUGCUGAUUCACUCACAUACAGCCAGUUUCUGAAGGAGAUGGACAACUAAUGCGAAGGCUUCUUGAGUUGCAGGUGUCGCUAAAAAUAAAAUACAUUGAGGGAAGCACAUGAGGGAAUGUUCACUCCCAAGUUAGCCUGACUCGUUCUGUGGGUUUUAUUGUCAUUGGGUUGCGUUUAAUACAGCUUUUUUAACCCAGAACAAUGAAAAUGAUGUUAUCAGUAUUUUUCAAUGUUAGCUAAGUAACAAUUUAAUGUACUAAUCUCACCAACAGAAACCCUGUUCUGAAUUUCAUGACUAAAAUGUUUUAAAUAAACAGUACAAAGUCAGCUUCAUUCAAGUUUCAUACAGUUAGUGACUGUGCGUUCAAGAGAUGGUGUACAUAUAUACAAUUAUUUGUAUGUAUAUAAAUGUGAUGACUACAUAGAAAGUUUGGUUUCUUCGUUUCAUCAAGAUUAUUAAAGAAAGGCUGCACAAAGGUCA